AUGGUUACUGUACCUAGCGCAUCUCCCAAGCCAAAGCGCGCGGAGAGUAUCGACGCCGCGACCACGCUUCUUUACGUGCCGCUGACGUUUUCACUUACCUUAAUCCCACCUCCCCGGCCGCAGGAUGUCGGCAAGCUCGUGGUUGUGUUAGAUCUCGACGAGACUCUUGUGUAUAGCCGCGACAACACCGUCUAUAAGCGUCCUGGUGUGGUACAGCUGCUGAGGACGCUGAAGGGCAAGUGUGAGGUUAUUGUGUGGACGGCCGGAACGCGAGAGUACGCACUGGAUGUGAUUCGCACCAUCGACUCGGUUUGCGCCGUGCAGUACUGCGUCUACCGCCACCCCAUGUGGUGGACGGGCGACAUAGGUUGCACAAAGGACCUUCGUCUGUUAGGCCGCCCCAUGGAUCGAGUACUCCUCGUAGACAACACCCCCAGCGUGUUCCGUGCAAACCCGCUCAACUCUCUUCUCGUCGAGGACUUUAUUGUGCCACACCCGAGAGCGUACAACGCACAGGAGAAGACGCUGUUGGUGUUGGCUGACAUCUUCGAGCAUGUGUUCCGCCGUUUCACCUCGCCAUGCAUCGCCGACGUGCUGGCGAGCAAGCGUAUCAGCCGGCAAGCCAUCCGACUGGAGCGGGGCGAAUUUGUGGAUCUCAACGUCCUCACCCCUAUUUGA